UGUGAGGAAGCGGGCUCGGGAGGUUGAGUGCGUCCGAACUUUCAGGCGGCAGCGUAGAGGGCGUCCUGUGGGUGGCGUAUUCCGGAGCGGAGUAUCUAGACACCGGCUGUGUUUGGAGAAGCCAGCGGCAGCGCUACAGAACUUUUGAAAAUGCCCGGUCGAAAAUAUGAAGAUGGUGAGGAUGUGAUGGGUCGGUGGCCGGGAAGCAGCCUUUACUAUGAAGUCAGAGUUGUAUCGUUUGAUGAUGCGGACCAGCUGUACACAGUGCGUUAUAAGGAUGGCACUGAACUCGAGCUAAGGGAGAGCGAUAUUAAGACCCUAAACUUCUUUCGUAACAAAAGAAGCUCGGCUUCUCCUUCUAGACGCAGAAGCCGAUCAAGGUCUCGGUCACCCGGACGGCCCUCAAAGUCUCCUACUCGUACCCCAAAAAAUGAGAACCCGGCAUCCUCCUUACUCCGAGAGAUCCGAAAGGAAGUAUUAAAAGUUCAUCUUACGCCCCUGAAGUUUAAUGACUAUAAUAUUGGAAAACGCAACGGUGAGCCUGAGGGGCUUCUAAGACCUGUUAUACAUCACAGAGUGACUCAGGCCAAAAAUGAAGAAGAGAUUGAGAGAAGUGAAAAGGUGUUGCGUUAUAGUCUGCCACCAAAAAGAGAGGAGAUCGUGCCAAAAGAAGUCUUAGAAGAAAAGGUUGUAGAGAGAGAACCUGUUGCAGUAAGCGCAAAGCAGCUGGAGUUUGGUGGGACAAUAGGGACUUUUCUCAUGAUGUUGUCCAUGCCUCCUGCCCUGUUCUACUUGCUGACAAAAUGUCAGCAGCAAGAUCCAGACAACUUAUUUUUUGUUCCAAGAAUACAGUUUACCAGUUUAUGGGAUCCGGCUGUUCUGGGGUUUUACAUCCUCUGGCUGAUUCUGCACGCACUGAUCUACAUGCUUCCUAUUGGGAAGGUUGCUGAUGGUGUGCUUCUUGCAAAUGGAAAAAGGCUGCCGUACAGAAUUAAUGGAUUUAUGGCUUUACUACUGACUUCUGCAUCAGUAGCAGUGAUGCGUUACUACAAGAUAAAUCUUCUCUAUGUAUACGAGCACUAUCUUCAGUUUGUGGCUUCUGCUACUCUGAUCUCUAUACUUCUAAGCAUCUAUCUCUACGCACGUUCUCUCAGAACCCCAGAGGAGGACCUUUCUGCAGCCGGGAACACCGGAACUCUUAUAUAUAAAUUUUUCAUGGGCCGUGAAUUAAACCCUCGCAUUGGAAGCUUUGACCUUAAGUAUUUCUUUGAGCUGCGCCCAGGGUUAAUCGGCUGGACUUUGAUCAAUUUUAUAAUGCUCUUAGCUGAAAUGCACAUACAGAAAAGAGAUGUACCGUCGGUGUCUAUGAUCCUGGUAAACAGCCUCCAGCUGUUGUAUGUCGCCCAUGCCCUGUGGAAUGAGGAAAGUGCCUUAACGUGUAUGGAUAUUGUACAUGAUGGGUUCGGCUUUAUGCUUGCCUUUGGAAACUUGGUGUGGGUGCCUUUCGUUUAUAGCCUGCAGGCCUUCUAUUUGGUCAAUCAUCCUAUGGACGUUUCUUGGCCUAUGGCUACAGCCAUUGUUGCAUUAAACAUGCUCGGAUACUUCAUAUUCUUCAGUGCAAAUAACCAGAAGUACGCCUUCCGGAAAAGUCCUGAUGAUCCAAAGCUUGCUUACCUAAAAACCAUUCUGACUUUGUCUGGAAAGAAAUUGCUGGUGUCUGGUUGGUGGGGAUUUGUUCGUCAUCCAAAUUAUUUGGGGGACCUCAUCAUGGCCUGGACGUGGUGUUUGCCCUGUGGCUUUACUCAUAUUUUGCCAUAUUUCUAUGGCAUUUUCUUAACGGGCCUCCUUAUUCACCGCGAAAUCAGAGAUGAGACUCUAUGCAGGAUGAAAUAUGGGCCCGACUGGGACAAGUACUGUGAGCGAGUGCCGUAUCGCAUAAUCCCUUAUAUCUACUAAAAAAAAUAAUGCAUUUAAUUCCUUAUCAGGGAAAUUUUUUUAAAUAUAUUUUUAAAGCUUUUCUACAGUUUGUUUUUUUUUAAAAUGAUUUUCUGCAAACGAUCAUAUGAAAUGUUCUCCGUAUAAUGCUUUUAAAAGCUAUUUUUAAAGCGAUGUUUACUCGCAUUAUAUUUGCUCUGGUUAACGCUUGAGGUUGGCGUUAACGCAAGUUAGUUUGCCGCGCUUUUUUGUGUGAAGAUGGAUUCCUUUCUUCAGUUCGUGUUCCGUUAUUCAUACGUGCAAAUUUUUGUUUUUAAAAAUAGCAUUUUAUAGAAUUGAUAACAAGUGCUAGAAAAGGAGGGUUUUACAUGGUAACAUUCCAUUGCUAUUUUUAAUGAUUCCAGAGAGUGUCAGAAUUCUUUUAUUCUCUCGUUCUUGAAGUCAAUGAAGUUAAGAGGUACUCCUGUCACCUAGACAGUGUUUACAUUAAGACUUUAGUGCAUAGGAGAUCUAUGGACUAAGGAAGACUGCUCAUAAAUACGUAGUGCUUCAUCAGUCACGUGGAGAAGGCAGAACGAGUUCCUAAUGAACGACUACACCGCGGGAUGUGUUCAGGGCCCUGUGGUUUCUACAAUGUGUCCCUUUAAAUAUAAAUCAGACUCGUUCCAGAGGUUUUAGAAGGAAGACCCCCUUUUCUCCUAAUGAGCGUAAGACGUUCACUUUUAAAUUUGAAAGGCAUUUAGACGACUGUUUAAAAAAAAAAAAAUCUUUUUGUGAUAAUAUAUAUAUUUAUACGUACAUCUUAUGUGUAUUAUAGGUAAAAUAUAAGUUUACAGGCAUGUCAUUGGAAAAACUUUCACCAAAAACGUCUAUUUCUAUAACGAGUGGGCGAUGGCACAUUUGCUUUCAUUUAUUUAGCUACACUUCAACUUAAGUUUUUUGUGACUUCUGGUGCGUCUUGCUACAAUGUAACAAGCCUUGUCAGAACGCGUAAAUGCAGAUAGUCCAACAUAACCAUUGGCUUUCUCUUUGUCUAGCACUGGGUGCUAAUUUGGGGUAGAUUCACCACUAUCAGGGGCCAGUGCCUGCUAUGAAUGAAUUGGUUGUAUGUUGAGCUGAAACAAUAUUGUAAGAAUUUCUUGGUUUUAUUGUAUUAUAUUGUACAUUGUGUUUAUGUUGUACACUUUUUUUUUUUUGUGUGAGAAAUGUAGACACCUUCUCAGGAUUUUUAAUUUGUUGUUGCUUUUAAUAUCUGUAUAUAUAGGCAGUCUGGAGCCCGGUGGGUAACAGCAUAUGGCUGUAGCCACAGUGGCCGCAGCCGUUUACAUUAUUAGAGGGUUUAUUAAAGUUUUGUUUUUUCCUUUUGUGAUUGGAAUAUGCGGCGUGUGAUCGCGUGUGCACGCAAGCUGCUUGCUGUAGCAUGCAGAUAUAAGAUUUUCAUAUCAUGCAUGUUCAUUGGCGCAGUGAUUUUGUUUUUGUCGAGAUGGAUAUUUGAGGAAUUUGUGUCAUUUGUAAACGUGGAGACCCUUUAGAGGUGCUGUUCCACCCAUUAGUUUAACUCCUUACAUGAUUCUGUUCCUCUCCUGUAUGCUGCUAAAUAUGCUGACUCUUGUUUUGAAAAGACACUGCCGUUUGUCUACAAUUUGCUGUGCAGAUAAUUUCCUACGGGAACUCUUAAAUCCUCGCUGAACCCAAUCUGCUAGCUCUGCUCUGCUUAGCCUGCCGAUCUGACGCCUCUGAAGUGAAUUUUUGAAAAUGCGCAUAAAUGUAUUAAGUAAACUUGUGGAUAAAUGUAUCUGGACUUUAAUUAUUUGGACAAGAACACCAGGCCUGGAUCAUUUGUUAUAAAAAGUCUUUAAACGCACAGCGAAGUAUAUGUUAACGGCUUGACAGGGCUGUACGAGGCAGACGUCUUACAGCUGAAUAAAUUGUAUUAAAGCAAUCAUGUUUUGA